AUGGGCUCUCACCAGAAGCGUGUCGCAGUUAUAGGAGCAGGCGUAAGCGGUAUUGUCGGUGCGAAGCAUCUCAAAGAGUCCGGGUUAGAAGUUGUGGUAUUCGAGAGAUCAAGGCAAGCGGGUGGGAAUUGGGUUUAUGAUGAGCGGAAACCAAUUGAGCCAAAUUAUCCUUCCGUUACCCCUUCGAUCGCGGAUUUUGUUGUUGAAGGGAAAGGGGAGAGAAGUGGAGUUGUGAAUGGGGCGAAAAGUAUCGAUGGAGAGAGAGGAUACUGGAGCGAAGAGGAAGAAUUGAGAUUUGCGCCUCCUGGACCAGCAUAUUCCGGACUAACAAACAACGUCUCAACAAAGUUGCAACAGUUGAAAGGCUUCCCUUGGAAAGAAGGAACACCAGACUUUGUCAAUGUCCGUGCAAAACAGGGGUACCUCCAGUCCUACUCAAAAUAUUUUAGGGUUGAAACGUUGAUAAGGUACAACACUCGAGUUGAGAAACUUCAAAAGAUAAAUGGAAAGUGGUGGGUCAAUUCGACGACAUUGAUUCGGGAUGGACCGAGAAAAGGAAAGCAUGCAAAUGAGUUUGAGGGGUUUGAUUUGGUCGUGGUAGCUUCUGGACAUUACCACAGCCCAAAUGUACCUGAUAUUCCCGGGUUGAAAGAAUGGAAGAGUAGAUGGCCGGAAAGAGUCUCACACUCGAAAGCAUACAGAAGACCAGAAGACUUCAAAGAUCAGACCGUGCUUCUUAUCGGAGCCGGAGUGUCCUCAAUGGACAUUGGAAGAGAAAUCUCGCAAAUGGCCCAGAAAAUCUAUCAAUCCUCUCGUGGCGGGCCUUUUGAUGUCCCAAAAGUCAUGCUUUCCCCAGAAACCGAACGGGUUGCGGGCAUCGCUUCUUUCCAACACCCUUCCAAAGACCAAGACAGGCCUGGAUCCGUAAAACUUGUUGACGGAACCGUUCUGACUGGCAUCGAUCGAGUCGUAAUCUGCACCGGCUACCACUUCUCCCUACCAUUUUUACGAGAUUUGCACGACGACUCCGCAACUCCUGAGCAAGCCAUCGACACAGUCCUCGUAACAGACGGCACACAAAUACACAACCUCCACAAAGACAUCUUCUACAUUCCGGAUCCCACGCUCGCAUUUGUCGGAAUACCGUUCUACACCGCCACGUUCACGUUCUUCGAAUUCCAAGCUAUCGCUGUAGCAGCAGUAUUUUCUGGCCGAGCAUGUGUUCCAUCAAAAGAAGAGAUGCAAGCAGAAUAUAAGGAAAGAGUGAAGCAAAAAGGAGCUGGAAGAGGGAUUCAUGAUUUGAAAGGCACGUCGGUGCUGUAUGUCGAUGAGUUGGCGGGAUGGUUGAAUAAUCAGGCGGAGGUUACCGGUGCGGAGAAGGUGGAGGGGUAUUCGAAGGAGUGGCAAGAGGAGUCAAAACUGAUUCCUGAAAAGUAUAUCAAGCUUAUAAAGUCGAAGGACACCAAAGGGAAUGAUUCGGGAAGCGCCUUGGACCUGCAAUCGCGGACCAAACCUCUUGAAUUUGAGAAUGACGCUUAA